AGGAACUUCGGUUUUUGGGCUCCGUGGAAACUCGCGAGAAGAGCAGCGUACACCCGAACGAGGAGCACGCCCCCAUUCCCUCUACAUACACGUAUUUCUAAGGUAGUGUACAUGCGCUCUGCGACAGCCGGCGUUGCGCUCAGCACGUCAUCGUUCCUCAUCGACACCCUGAGCGUCCUUGUCUCCGGUGGCACCGACGAGGUGCACCUGACCGUCGUGAGACCCUUCUGGACCGGCUUCGGUGCGGCCUUUCUACUCACCCUUGUGCUCUCCUUUCUCAUGAAAGGCUGCAUGACGUCGUGGCUUCGAUGGCCGGUGGAGAGGUGCAGGCAGCUCAGCAGUCUUGCAGCGGUGGGAGAGCCGGUAAAGAUGACCUUGGUCGUGCGAAAGGACUUGAAGAUGGGGAACGGCAAGAUUGCGGCGCAGUGCGCCCACGCCGCGGUGGCCGUUGUGGAAGAGAUACUAGAAAUCAAAUCGAGGCAGGUCGCCGCUUCCUCAGACGCGACGAUGACGUUGGACAGCACUUCGCAGCUGUGGCUGCGCUGGUACGCUGCGUGGCACGUCAGCGGGUGCUCGAAGGUGGCGCUGCAGUGCCCUGAUGAGGAGACGUUAAUGGCGAUUGCGAAGCACGCGAAGGAGGUGCAGCUGCCGUUUUGUGUUAUUCGGGACGCAGGGCGUACCCAGAUAGCCCCGGGCAGCAAGACGGUCGUGGCGGUGGGACCCGGGCCGAAGAGCUUGAUUGACGAGGUGACGGGUCAGCUGAAACUGUUGUGA